AUUUCUUAAAUCGGAUGCUAUUCAUUCAUAGUACUUUGCACUACGACACCAUAGUAUAUUGCAAAAAAGUGUGUUGUCAUAGGGUACGAGACAUCAACAGAGCAGCCCACGCUGUGCAUACUACCUCUAUCCACGAUGAGGGAACAGGUAUAUCAGGGUACGAUCAGAGAAAGAGCUCGGAGCAGAGUCCACCAACUAUGCCAGGACAUUUUGGCAGGGUCUGGAGGCUCAGAUUACUCCCGCCAGCAGGUGGAAGAUGCUGUCACCGCAGCCUAUCUGGAACGGAUAGCCUCCCUGUGUGCUGAUCCAGAGCAAAGAGUACGAUGUAGUGAGUUGUUGGAACAAGUCCUUCAACUCUAUGACCCCUCUUCCCAUACGGAGAAGCUCUCGUUCCAAGUGCUGCGGUUUGUGGGAAAUUGUGUAGCGGACAACGACGACAAUCGGACGAUAACACUACAACAUCUGGACCAACUGGUGCAAAGUUUGAGUGUGCCAUAUCUACGCACCAUCAGUAUCCAAGUACUGCAGAACCUCACACUAGACUUUCCACCUGCACAACGGCAGCUAGCCCAACUUGGAGUUCAUUCAACUAUUGCCAGUAUGCUCGUAAAGGAAGGUCCCAAUGAUAAGGACAAUUCCGCCCACAUAGAGCUGAUCACCACCGUCCUUGACCCAGUCGACACCCGUGAGGCUGUCAUACAGGAUAGUAAGAAGGCUCGGUCCUUUUUCAAAGAUCUUUUGACCUGUGCCCUACAGUCGAGUUCGCAUCUGGAACUAUUCGAUGCCGGCCAUGCGCUGUCAUUCGUGUUCCCUGAUCCUCAAGGAUUCCUUGCGGACGAGAACCUGUUUUCGCUGUUCGCUCGAUAUUACGCACACUUAGCUCGUGGGUAUGAGAAGAUUCUUGCCAGGCCGGAACUCUUCACAAGUGAUGGAGAAGAGGAAUACGGCAUCAAAGAAGGCUGGAAGGAGGUAAUAGAAAAUGUUGAAAAUCAUCUCGCUGACGCUGCAUACGAUUACAAGCCACCGCCAUCGGAAAGUCUUGGGAUUUCGAUAGUGUUCCAAGCAGGUUUGGAUCUUAUCACGAAUCCGAACCAGCACUGCACAGUUGGCGGUUGCAUAGUCCUCGGAAAUGUGGUGCGACACGAUGAUCGAAGUCAGAAAAUGGUCGAGGAGCAUGGUAUCCACAAGAUAGCUUUAGGAUUUAUGCGACCGGGAUCAAGCACGAGCCUGCUGCAUGCUGCUUCAGGCCUUCUGCACAAUUUAGCAAUUUCUGCUCCGAAUAAGGAAGCCAUCGGUGCUGCUGACCCGGUUGGUGGAAUACUCGCCGCAAUCACGCUGCUUGAAAAGGGUCCGGAUCCUACUCUUAUCAAUUCUGGAUUACGGCUCCUGUCCCCACUCCUCGACGACUGCAGUCGCAAUGCAAAGAAGCUUGUCGAUCAUCCACAGGAGACUGAACUGAAGUACAUCGAUACUGUGCUGUCAUGCGCAGACAUUCUUGAUGGAAGUUUUCGACACUCUGUGGCUCAUCUGCUGCAUGAGACGAUCAGAUCGCUGUUGGAGGAGGAGGAAGAGGCCCUUGAUAACUUGUGUAGGCGAUCAAAGGUACUCCAGAUCUUAAUCCAGCAGGCUCUUUCAACCGACACCGAGCAAGAGGUUUCGACUAUUGAAUCUUGGCUUGCACUCGCCUUGCUGUCUACCUCAAAAACCGGAUCGAAGUCCAUCGUAUCGGUUUUGGAUUCAGCGGAUGGACAACAGAACUCGCCUGGGUGGGAUCGGUUCUUGAAAGUGGCCAAGAACAUGCUGGAGCGAGAGGAGCCGAAGUCUGAGACGAAAACUGCUUCUGACGUUGCCCUCGAAGCCACGAAGAGAAACGUUCUCUUGCUCUUGAGCAAGCUUCUGGAAUCAACUGACGACAUAUCAACUCCAUGGCAGACGGAAGCGGAAUCCAUGCUAUUAAGUGGAAUGGAAGGGUUGGAAAUUGAGGGAGUUGAGGGAGUUGAGGAAGUUGAGGAAGAUGAGGAAAUCGAGAGAUUCCAGCUGGAGACAUGACUAGGCGACGGGCGAUCCCAUCCAUCGAAAAUGGUAGUCUGCUAGUGGAGGUGGAAAGUGAAACUGUCACCGAUGUUGUCCGGUCGAAACCUCAGCAACGAUACACAAUCAGGGACAUGGGGAGAACACUCCUUUGAAGGUCCCUCACCGUCGGGUAGCAUUCAGCACAGGGCCUGCGAUGCUCGCUGGAUAUCUCAUCUACCGUGCCCAGCACCUCCCGCGUCCAUAAGACGGUCAAUUGUAGCGACAGUUCAGUGUAGUAUAUAUCCAGCUUAUGGAUAACGACAUCUACUUUGUCUCGGUAUCGAAAGCGUUCAGUGCGAUUA